AUGGCGGCUGCAAUCGAUGAAGGUGUUGGUAAAGUUCGUCGACCGGAACUUUUAAAUAAAAUAGAUGUUGAAGUUGGUAUUAAUGAUGCUCUGUUACUCACUUCCGAAGAUGGUAUAUUAACAGCUCUUGAUGAUAGAACAUUGCGUGUUUGGUUACGAAGACAAACAGGAAAAUAUUGGCCUUCUGUUUGUCAUACAUUAGAAAGUUCACCAACUGCACUCUACUAUUACGAACCAUCACGCCGUCUUUUUUGUGGUUGUGAUUCAGGUCUUGUUCAUGAAUUUAUUGUUGCUGAUGAUUUCAAUAAAAUAACAUUAGAAUGUACUUAUUUUGGUCAUCAAAUUCGUAUACAAGCAGUAUAUUUUUCAUAUCGUCAUGAGUUGUUGUUAACUGCGUGUCGUGAAAAAAAACUCAACUGUUAUUCAACAAAUCCGAUAGAUGAAAAUCGUCAAAAUGCACGUGGAAGCUAUACAUUAGCAUCAAUGGGUAUGUCAAUAACAAUGGAUGAAACAUUUCGUCAGUGUUUUAUUGGAGAUUCAACCGGUAACAUACAUUUUUUGAAAUUAAAUGCUAAUAAUAGAUUUGAACCUAAUAAACCAUUAAGUGGUCAUACAGGAAGUGUUCAAAAUCUUUUAUGGGAUCCUGACACUAAAUGGUUAUAUUCGGGUAGUUUUGAUACAGCUGUGAUUGUUUGGGAUCUUGCAGCUCCUCAAGGUGUUGCUGUUGAAUUAAAUGGUCAUUCAGAUCGUUUGGUUGGAAUAUCGUAUGAUAAUUUACGUAAACUAUUAUUAACAUGUUCAGCCGAUGGUCAUAUUGGUGUGUGGCCAAUGAAUGUUAAACGGAAUGAAACAACGAUAUGGCUUGAAAAUGAUUCUUGUCAGAUAUGUCGUAUGCCUUUUUUUUGGAAUAUACGUGAGAUGUGGACACAAAAACAAAUUGGAUUAAGACAGCACCAUUGUCGAAAAUGUGGUCGAGCUGUAUGCGAUAAAUGUGCUCAAACACGUAAAGCCCUUCCUUUAUUGGGUUAUGAAACAGUUCAACGCAUUUGUGACGAUUGUAUAAAAACAUUGAGAAAUGAUGAAACAGUACCGUUGGCUUCAUUUUAUGAUUUACGUCAAGGUACCAUUAAAAUGGAUUAUAGACAAGGAAAAAAAGUGAUGAUGUCUAUUGGUACUGAUCGAACAAUUAAAAUUUGGGAUAUGUCCUCCGUUGUAUGA